AUGUGCUUUCUUUUAGCUAACGCUGUUGGUGCAGUCAAUGAAGAUGACUUCCGAAAAGCCUUUGCUCAGGUCCCAAAAUGUGAUAUAUAUUCCGUAAGAGAGCUGAAUUCGCAGUUGGAAUCCAUUCGCUCAGUUCUCGAAAAUACCCAGUUAGAUUGGUCUCAACGAGUUAAUUCUCUAAAACUUCUACGGUCAAUUUUAAUAAAUGGUGGGAUGGAUUUUGAAAAUGAAUUAGUGAAUGGCAUUCAUUCGCUGGAGGAUGCUCUUAUUACUUCCGUCAAGGACCUUCGAUCGCAAGUAUGUCGAGAGGCAUGCAUAACUGUUAGUUUCCUUUGUGAAAAGCUGGGAGCAUCCAUCGUGCGGUUGUGCGAAGCGCUCCUACCUGCCACAAUUCAUCUCAUUCAGAACAGCGUUAAGAUUAUGUCAUCGUCUGGAGCCAAUGCUUGUUUCUUCAUAGUCAAGUACGUGGAGAACCCGAAACUAAUACCUAUUGUACUCUCCUAUGGCUCAUCAAAGUCUAAAGAAAUACGAAGGUCCGUACAAGAUCUUCUUUCUCAAAUCAUCGCUGUCUGGACUCCAUCAAAGCUGGAAAAGUCUUUGAGUGCAAUUGUGGAUUGUGUCAAGGGGGGUAUUAUGGACGCGGAUCCACAAGCAAGAACAUCGUCGAGGAAUGCCUAUCAGUUAUUGGACCAGCACUAUCCGCAGCAAGCGCAGCUUCUGUAUCAGAGCUUGGACCCUUCAAAGCAGCGUUCGUUGUCGGGUGUGAUGUCAGCCGCGUCAUCAUCGCAAUCUAUCAACAGCGAGCGUGAUUCACUGCACAUGAGCCAAAGGCCAGGCGCGUUCGGAAUGAAUCGACCCAAAACCACAAACUUCUUCGCUGGUCGAUCGGCUUCGGAAAUCGAUGCAAAUGCAGUGAGACGAGCAGCUGCAUUUACCCCAGCAAAGAGUAAACUCACUGGAUCAAUGGCAGCAAGAAACACUCCAGGUUAG